UUUUGUUUUCGUAUUACUGAAGAUCUAUAAAUCUAAAUUAGAGAUUUAGUUUAGACUUUAAUAGUCUAAUAAAGUAAUAUCUAGUCUAGAUCUUACACUUCGAUUAUAUUUUAUUUACACCCAGACUCAAGGAAAUGAGUCCAGGGACUCGUUCUCGUUCACGAAGUCCUCUUAAAAUGGAAAGCAAGAAAGAAAGUGAAGACUCCAAAAAGAAAGAUUCCAGGAGAGAGAGAUCAAGAUCUAAAGAACGGAACUCCAACAAGACUAAAUCUAGACAUCGAUCAAAAAGCAGGGAAAGAAAACGCAGUCGUAGUAAAGAGCGGAAAAGGAACAGGAGUACAAGUAAGGAAAGGGAGAGAAGCAAGAGAAAACGCUCUCGUUCUCCAAAAUUAAAAGAUGGCAAAAAAGAUCCUGCUGAAGAAGCUGAAGAAUUUAACAAAGACAAAAGAACAGAGAAAAAGGUACCUUUAUCUUUAGAAGAGCUACUAACCAAGAAAAAGGCAGAAGAAGCAGCCCUUAGUAAGCCCAAAUUUUUAACCAAAGAAGAGCGUAUUGCUGAGGCUUUAAGGAAGCGCCAAGAAGCUGCUGAUGAAGCCAGAAGAAAAAUGGAGGAAGAAAGAAACAAGCAGCUAGAGUUUUUAAAAACUGCGAAAGAGUUUUCUGAUGAUCGUGACAGAGGUGAGAGAGAUAUGUAUCGAGAAAGAGAACGAAGAGACAGACAAAUGCGAAGAGAAAAAGAAAGAGAAGAUGUUCCUGGAGAAGAUAAGAGUAAAGUGAAAGAAGUGAAGGAGAAAGACAAAGACAAAGAAUCUGAAGCAAUCAGAGAAAGAUACCUGGGAAUUAUCAAAAAGCGCAAGAGGAUAAGACGUCUGAAUGAUAGGAAGUUUGUGUUUGACUGGGAUGCUGGUGAUGACACUUCAAAUGACUAUAACCAGCUUUACAAAGAGAAACAUCAGGUCCAGUUUUUCGGUCGAGGCAAUAUUGCUGGGAUUGACAUAAAGGCUCAAAAGAAAGAUCAGUCUAAGUUUUAUGGAGAUCUCAUGGAAAAACGAAGAACAGAGGCAGAGAAAGAUCAGGAAAAGAAACGAUUAAAAGGUGUGGCUUCUAGGGAAGCCAAACAACGCUGGGAUGAUCGUCACUGGUCAGAGAAACCUCUUGAGGACAUGGUUGAGAGAGAUUGGCGUAUUUUCAAAGAAGAUUUCAACAUUAGUUGCAAAGGUGGUAGAAUUCCUAAUCCAAUAAGGUUCUGGAAAGAAGCAGAUCUUCCUAAAGAAUUGUUGGAUAUAAUUGAUGAAAUUGGAUAUAAGGAACCCACACCUAUUCAAAGACAAGCUAUUCCUAUAGGUCUUCAGAAUCGAGAUAUUAUUGGUGUAGCUGAAACUGGCAGUGGUAAAACUGCAGCUUUUCUUAUACCCUUGUUGAAAUGGAUUAUGGGACUUCCCAAAAUAGAAAGAAUGGAAGAUGCUGACCAAGGUCCAUAUGCCAUUAUUCUUGCACCCACUCGUGAGUUGGCACAGCAGAUUGAAGAAGAGUCCAUUAAGUUUGGUAAAAAUUUGGGCAUCCGAACAGUAUCAAUCAUUGGUGGUAUAUCUCGUGAAGAGCAAGGUUUCAAGUUGAGACAAGGCUGCGAGAUAGUCAUUGCCACUCCUGGUAGGCUUAUUGAUGUGUUAGAGAACAGAUAUUUAGUUCUCAAUCAAUGUACAUAUGUUGUUAUGGAUGAGGCUGACAGAAUGAUUGACAUGGGCUUUGAGCCAGAAGUGCGCAAAAUUCUUGAAUACCUGCCUGUAACCAAUGAAAAACCAGAUACUGAAGAAGCUGAAGAUGACGCGUUCACUCUGAAAAAUUUUAAUACUAAGAAAAAAUACAGACAGACUGUCAUGUUUACUGCAACUAUGCCACCAACAAUUGAGAGACUAGCCAGAACAUUUUUGAGGCGACCUACUGUUGUAUACAUUGGUAAUAUUGGUAAACCUGUUGAUAGAGUGGAACAAAUCGUCUACAUGGUGUCUGAAAAUGAGAAGAGGAAGAAACUUCUUGAUGUUCUCAAUAAAGGAAUUGAUCCACCAAUCAUCAUUUUUGUCAACCAGAAGAAAGGAGCAGAUGUGCUGGCGAAAUCUUUGGAAAAAAUGGGGCACAAUGCCUGUACACUUCACGGUGGCAAAGGACAAGAGCAGAGAGAGUUUGCCCUGGCCAGUCUUAAGGGUGGCUCUAAAGAGAUUCUUGUGGCUACUGAUGUUGCUGGUCGUGGUAUUGAUAUCAAGGAUGUCUCUAUGGUCAUCAACUAUGAUAUGGCAAGAAAUAUUGAAGACUAUACUCAUCGUAUUGGUAGAACAGGCAGAGCAGGAAAAGCUGGUGUGGCAAUCACCUUCAUCACCAAAGAUGACAGUGCCACAUUUUAUGAUCUCAAGCAGGUGCUGUUGCAGAGCUCAGCAUCUUCCUGUCCCCCUGAACUGGCCAACCAUCCUGAAGCCCAACACAAGCCUGGAACUGUUGUGCAAAAGAAAAGAAAGGAUGAAAAAGUCUACAUCAAUUAAUUUUCUUAGUCAAUUGGGUCAUGAUCUGUUGUUGUUAAAAAUGUCAUUGUAUUCUUUUUAUAAUUGUUGAUAAUUUUCAAAUUGUUAGGGUGCAAAGGAUUUAUCAAAGUUGAUAAUAGAUGUUUUUUUUUUAAUUUAAAUUAUUGUUUACUGUUGUUGACUAGAAUCUUUUUGAUACUUGGAUACUAUACAAAUUUGUUUAAUAAAAAUAGUGGUAUUCAAGGAGAUAAGUCAAAACAAAUGAAAAUAAUCUUUGGAUACAGAAGUCUGUUGUUUGUUGUUUUUUUUUUAUUUACAAAUAUUUCUGAAUUAUUUUUAACUGUUUCAUUGCAAAAGUCUGUACAUAAAUUCCUGCUAAAAAAAUCUUUUAAAGGAAAUAAAACAAAUUUGAUUAUAAAACCCUA